AUGGACCAAAUGAAGGCCAUGAUGGCGAAGCUCAAGCGCCAGCGCGAGGAAGAGAAGAUGACCGCGCUGAAGGUCAGCGGCGAGCCAGCGGCCAAGAAGAAGUACAUGCGCCGAGGCGAGAUCGAAGCGGCCCUUGAAGAGGAAGAGCGCCGGGCCCGCGAAGCCGUCGAGGCUGAGGCUGCCAAGAAGCGCGAGGCCGAAGAACGCGCUGCGGCGCAGGCUGCCGUGCAAGCAUCGACGACCGAGGCAAAGUCCGCCCCAGUGCAGGAGCGCGCUACCGAGACGAGCGCGGAGGACGGGCAGCUCCAUUUCACGCUGGCCGAGACGAAGAAGCGCCUGCGCCAGCUGGGCCAUCCGAUCACGCUCUUUGGCGAGACCGACGAGGCGCGCGCUCGGCGCUUGGAGGCGCUCAUCCACUCGAACGAAGGCGGCGAAAUGGACCUCAACCAGGCAGGCUACAUUGACGCGCAGGAGGCCGAAGAAGACAAGGAGGACGACGAGUACGACCACGACGGCGACGCGGCCAAGGACCACGCGAGCGAGUCCGACGAGCGCAAGAUCUACCGCUUCUUCAAAGAGAUGCUCGGUCGCUGGGAAGAAGCGCUGGCCGCGCGGCCCGAGAGCGUCAAGCGGUCGGCGCAAGGCAAGAUCGCGACGCGCACGAUGAAGCAGUGCAAGGACUACAUCCGGCCGCUCUUUCGGCUCUGCAAGAGCAACACGGUGCCCGACGACAUCCUCAAGAACCUCGUCGAUAUCGUCGGCUUUUGCAAGGCCGGCGAGUUUGUCUCGGCCAACGACUCGUACAUCAAGCUCGCCAUCGGCAACGCGGCGUGGCCCAUCGGUGUCACCAUGGUGGGCAUCCACGAGCGCACGGGCCGCGAGAAGAUCAACUCGAACAAGCAAGCGCAUGUCAUGAACAACGAGCUCCAGCGCAAGUACCUCACGUCCGUCAAGCGCCUCAUCACGUUCGCGCAGUCGAUCGCAGACGUCCUGCCGUCCAAAAAAAAGCGGUUCGGGCCCGCGUUCUGCACCGGGAAGGAGGAGGAGCCGAGCCCGUUUGCCUACACCCUCCGCAGCAGCUUUGAGCGCCAACGCCAUUCCAAUGGGACGUUUAGCCACGCGGCGCGCGACGCGCCGAGCCCCAAGCCAGCGUUCGAGUCCGAGUACAUGCCGGCGCUGCCUGGCGUCGUGACGACCUCCCAGCUCAAGGCGAUCGAGGCCGAGCGCCACGCGAUGCACAACAAGUUCAAGACGCGGCAGCCGCGGACCAAGCGCGUGGACGUCCGCGUCGGCGCCGGCCCGGGCUCGUACAACGUGGAGCGCGACACCAACCCGACGCGCGUCUCGGCGCCGUGCAGCUUUUCCAAGGAGAAGCGACUGGACGUGCUCGGCUUUGCCACGCAGCGCGGCUGGGUGAGCGCAAGCCCGGGGCCAAAGUACUUGCCGACGAACGAGUCGCUGGCGUCGUCGGUCCAUGACCAAAAGCACGACCGCCGCGCGCUGCUCUCUAAAGCGCGGGCGAGGAACGAUGCGCUCUUGAAGGAAGCGUCGGCGUCGCUCCAGCCCUCGUACAAGGAGUUCGAGCGCUCGUUCGAGCGCCUCCACCAUGCGCUCUCGGCGUCGGCGAUCAAUUCGCCUCAUCGCGGCCGCGUGCCCAGCCCCGUGGACAUCAAGCAGUCGGGCCCGGGCUCCUACGACACGACUGCCUUUUCCGCCAAGCGCAGCAACAAGCGGGGCACCUUUGGAACGGCCAAGAACCCCGACCUCCUCUCGUCGCUCAUUGCGGCCGGCCAUGCGGCAUCGACACCGACGGGGCCGGGCGACUACACCCCGCAGGCGCUCGACUCGUUCCAGUCGAGAACGUUCAACGCACGGGGCGGCUACGUGCCGCAGCGGACCGACGUCCAGACCAACCUCGACACGCUGGCGAUGAAGGUGCCGCCCAACACGAGCCUUCUCCUCAGCUGCGUCCCCUCCAAAAACGGCCACGCGCCGGCGAAAGCGCUCUGGAAAGCGAUGAUGACGUCGCCCGACCCGCGCGUCCUCGGCUACGACACGUAG